AUGGAAGAAAGCAAUCAGCCACAAAAUAGAGCACAAAUUUAUACUCAGGAAGAAAUUCCAACAUGGAACGGAACGGAAGUUGAAAACCAGGGAGAUUAUAUUGGUACUGAAGAUAAUUUAAUCACAAAUUGUAUUAAGGUACCUAUAGUUGCCAACUAUAUCAAACUUAAUGUAAUGCCGGAUACUGAAGUCUAUGAAUAUAACAUCAAAUUCACUCCAAAUAUUGAAGUAAAUAGCUUGAAAAGUAAAUAUCUUUCUGACCAUGUAGAAAUUUUUGGCAAAACAAAGUUGAUCAAUGGAUCACAAUUGUUAUUGCCAUACAUGAAAUCAUUAAAUUAUAUUCGUGUUGGUAAAAAUCACUUUGAUCCCACAAAUCCCAAAAUAAUGUCAAAUGCAAAAUUAGAAAUUGGGCCUGAAUAUGCGACUGCAGUAACUGAAUGCGAAGGAGGAUUAAUGCUUUGUUUUAAUCUAUCUCUUCGCUGGCUUGAUCAAGUAACUGUUCUAGAAGUGGUUACUGAAAUACAUCAAAUGAAAUCAUCAGAAUUUGAAGUUAAUGCAAGAAAGGCCUUACUUGGUUGUGUAGUAAUGACAAGUUAUAGCAAUAAGACGUACAGAAUUGAUGAAAUAAAUUUUGAUACUAACACUCUUGCUGAAUUUGAUAUGGACGGACAAAAAAUUUCAUUUGUUGAUGACUAUUACAAAAGUCAUAAUGUAGAUAUUAAGGAUAAAAAGCAACCACUUUUAGUAACCACGAAAACUUACACUCGUCCCGAGAACACAGUUCAGGAAUGUGUGUUUUGUUUGGUUCCAGAAUUGUGUCGUCUAACUGGUCUUCAAGAUAAUUUACGAUCAGAUUCUAAAUUAAUGCGUGAAAUCGCCACAUUCACAAGAGCAUCGCCAAAUCAACAAUUGUUGUGUUUAGAAAAAUUUAUUGAUAAUGUAAAUAAGAGUACAGAAGCGAAAUUAAUGUUAUCAUGCUGGGGUUUAUCUCUCGCUAAAACACCACAACCAUUGGUGGGUAGAGUAUUAGGAGAAAACAAGUGUAUUUUGGAUCAAAACGUUUCGGCUGUGGUGUGUCUACCGAUUUUGGAAAACACGCGUCAAAUAAGACGAAACACAUUUUUAGACCAAUAUGAAAAGUGUACUGACGUAAUGGGAAUAAAAGUACAAAGACCUAAAACAGUAGUGCUGGAUAGCGACCGUAUUGAUAAUUUAGCAAUAGCUUUACGGAAGGCAAUUACCAAACAAACUCAAAUCGUUGUUAGCAUAUUUUCAAGCCACCGAGAAGAUAGAUAUGCGACUAUAAAAAAGCUUUGUUGCACUGAAUUUCCAGUUCCCUCUCAGGUUAUAAUUGCAAAAACCGUACAAAAUCGAGUAAAAGCCAGAUCAACAGUUCAAAAGAUCGCGUUACGUAAGUUCUUCAAAGAAAUCAUCAGAGGAUAUUGUGGAAUUUUAAUUGAAGCUAUCGCUAGUUAUAAGAAAUAUAAUAAAUGUUUCCCAAACAAUAUUAUA